ACCAUUGUUCGUGAAUCUAAAGUUAAAAAGUAUCUUUGUAGUGACGAGCCUAAUUCAGAAAAGGCUCUUAUUGAAUAUUUGACUCAACAAAAAAAAUUGCUUCUUACCAAAAUCGAUGAUUUACAAAACAAAAUUAAAAUUCUUCAAAAAAAAGUUAGAAAUGAAAAUGAAAUUCUAGCUAGAGCUUUAAAAGUCAUAAAUGAUAUUAUACUAAAAUAUAAAGAUCCUAAGACAGAGGAAGUGCUUCGAAAUAUAAAAAAAUUAAGUUCUUCAAAAAUAUUUGAAAUAUUUGACAUAGAAAUGCAAGGUGUUGAAAUACAG